GACUGCGGCUGCACGGCUGGCACCGGCAGGGCGUGGGCUGGGGGGCAGGGGGUGUUACUUCGAUGGAAGCAGCCGACCACUGCUCACGUAGCACCCCGAACGACACUUCUCCGGCCGGUAAAUUGGACAUUUACCGAGAAUGGUCACCUGGACGCUGUGCUAACCGGCGCGCACUCGAACGCACCACCGCCGCUCCGGCAGACAUGCGUUAAGUAGCAACUGGCGCUUCCUCCUGCUCUUUCGGUCCUUCCACCUGUGCUCUACAUGGAUGUCGUCACAUUUGCACUCAAGUGAUUUUGAAGAUGGCGGGAUGCUCAUCGGAGCCGCUUUGUCAGCCGUGCGUCUACCACGAGGCGUUUAAAGUGGAGCUUCAGGUGAAGAGACCCCUGAUGCCGCUCCGCCUGAGUCCAGACCAGGUGGCUGUGGAGAUGCUGUGCCUCUGUGGGCAGCUGGACCUCCUCAUCAGGGCGCAGAUGCAGGAGUUCCAGGAACAGUUGAGACAAGGCUGUAGUCCAGAGGAAUCUGACACCUUCCAGGCUCACGGAUCCGAGAUUCUCGACCAGAUGCUGCAGUGCCUUGAACAUCUACCAAAGCCGAUGCCACAGCUGGAGGACUACCUGGACAUGGUGGGGCUGUCAGCCAUGUUUCCACGUGUGGAGGUGUUCCUCAUUCAAGGCAGCCCGGUGGACAUGCUGGAGAGGCCGCCGAUGGACGACUAUUUCUCGCACAUCGCCAAAGUGAAUCAGCUGCUGGUGCUGAGUCAGCAGCUGGAGGAGGACGUCAGGCACCUGGGAAGUCACAAGUACAUCGCCCACCAGCUCUCCGUGAUAUACCAAGUAGUCAGCUCCUUCCGAGGCGUCGACAUCUUCUCCGAGACGAAGAAGGACAUCGAGGCCAACUUCAAGCAGAUGAAAGAAUCUCUGGUGCAAGACGAAGGCUUCGGGCACCAACCUCAGCUGGCUGCUCGUUACAUCCACUGGGUACUCGACGUCACUCACGAGCUGACGUCGGCGGUUUUGUCGCUACCGGACGAGCUGACCGACGACCUCGACCAGGCCGUGACCUUCAUGUCCCAGUUUGUGACCACCGCCCCACCCAGUGGGAUACAUUCUUAAAGUAAAAAAAAAAACACCCCAAAAAACUCACACGGUGCUACGCCAUUUGACUGGACAGUGGGAUUAUAAAAUCCACUUAAUUUGUCCACAUUUUUGCAAGGGUUCGUCUGAAUCUUGGCCCGGUUGUCACUCCUGUUACGAACGUUUUUUAUAGCUGUGAUAAUAAAUUGAAACGCGAUGGACGGCUUGUCAUGUUUGCGAUUAUUACUCCCUUUUCACGCACGCGGCGGCCGCCGCCAAGUCGAGAGCUACGUAAUAAAGUGAAACCACAACUCUUC